UUCCCCUCGGCGCAGCUUUGGUUGCAGGCAGGGAGGAUUACGGGGCAGCCGGAAUCUGGCAUCGGAUCCCGCUGUGUUUUGGGGGUGACAGAUUCCCCCUCCAACACUUGGGGCACAGAGUGAGGAAACCAGCCUGGCAUUGCCUGCUCCCCACCCCAGCAUGGGACAGGUUUGGGCCAGGAUUUGGUCACAUCGUGGCCGUGGGGGACUCCACGUGCCAGGAGCAAAAGGCAGUGACAGGGCUGUUAUGUGGCUGCCUGCCAGGCUGGGAGAAACCAGGGUGAGACGUGAAAAAGGAGUGUGGGGGAACAGAAUAAGCCCUGCCUGCUGCUCCUGCCCACCCCACUGCCCUGGCACCCGGGUCUGGUGAUGUGAAAGUCUCAGCUUUUGUUUAAAAUUCACAGGGCCCCAGCCUUGAGGGCUGAGUGAGAAGCUGAGAAAGUGUAAUCAAAGGCCACCCUUAAGGGUUUAAAAAUAGAAGAGAUGGAGCAAAAAAAUUGAAAAAACAUAUUAUUACAUGUUAAAGCAUGAUGAUUCAUCCAGCAAAGCCCUGUUUGAGAGAACGCAGGGUUGGUGUGAGCUCAGCAGGGAUGGGCAUUUGGGCUCCAGCUGCCUUCCUGGAAUAAAAACCAUCUUCCCUCCUGGUGUAAAAACCAUCUUCCCUGGCAGUACUGCAGCAGUGGGGUCCCUGUUUUGAGGCAAACAGCUGUUGUUGCCUCACAGCACACCUGGCCUUGGCCAGACCUUGCAGCUCCCCAUCUCCCACUUGCACUGGCAAAUUCAGGCUCUGGCCUUGUGGUUGCUGCUGCCAGAAAAGCUCCAUCUUUACUUUGCACUCAAAACACUACUUCCAUCAGCCUAGCCAACCUUGGAGUGGAGAUCCAUCCAUCCAUCCAUCCAUCCAUCCAUCCAUCCAUCCAUCCAUCCAUCCAUCAGCAGAACACAAAGAAAAGUCUAACAUGAACCACACGUGAUCCAGCCCAUACCUGGAGAAGCUCAUUUUCCCAGCUCCCCAUGAUUAUUAUUUUUAGCCCCACCUGAAAUGAGCUGCACAUGCUCCUGCCAUGCAUCCCCACAAUGCAGGGUGCAGAGGCAGUCCUCCCCACCAUCCCCACAGCAGCAAGCUCAGCUUGACAGGCUGAUGUACUGCAGAGAAAAACAUAAAGAAAAAGCCAGAAAUUCCUCAAACAGCCAUCAGCCAGGAUUUCAUUUAACUUCAGCAGCACCCAGCACCCCCAACCCAUAAACUCUUAUUUCCUGUGGCAUGACCAGUCCAUGCCUGGCUCUCCCGGGAGCGUCGCUUUCCCUCUGUCAGCAUCCCGACAAGCAUUCCAAAGGCUGUGGUCUCUCCUGGUUUGUAUCCAGCCGCUGUGCUCACGUUGCAGGACGGGGCUGUCCCGGAGGAUCGCCGCGGGGUGAGAGAAUGAAGAAGCCGGCCGGGCAGCAGCAGGAUGGGGCGGCAGGACCUCCCACGUGCUGACGGGCCCCCGCCGAUGCUCCCGCUGGCCCUGCUGGCCCUGAGCGCCUGCUGCCGCUGGGGAGUGGCCGGCGGGGCAGGCAGCACCGUGCCCCAGGGCCAUGCAGCCCCUGCGACCCCCUCCUCUUCCUCCUCAUCCUCCUCUCCCUCCGUCCGGGCGCCCCUCGACUGGCUCCUCACCGACCGGGGACCCUUCUACCGAGCUCAGGAGUACGUGGACUUCAUGGAGCGCUACCGGCAGGGUUUCACCACCAGGUACAGGAUCUACAGAGAGUUUGCUCGUUGGAAGGUGAAUAAUUUGGCCUUGGAGAGGAAAGAUUUCUUCAGCCUUCCGCUUCCCCUGGCCCCUGAAUUCAUCCGCAACAUCCGACUGCUGGGGCGUCGGCCCAGCCCCCAGCAGAUCACCGACAGCCUCAUCAAAAAGUAUGGGACACACUUCUUGCUGGCUGCCACGCUGGGAGGAGAGGAGUCCCUGACCAUUUUUGUGGACAAGCGCAAGCUGAGCCGGAGGGCAGAGCCUGCGGGGGGGGCUGGGAACAGCUCGGGGGUCUCGCUGGAGACCCUGCACCAGCUGGCAGCCUCCUACUUCAUCGACCGGGAGAGCACCCUGCGCCGGCUGCACCACAUCCAGAUCGCCACGGCUGCCAUCAAGGUGACAGAAACACGGACAGGGCCGCUCGGCUGCAGCAACUAUGACAACCUGGACUCGGUGAGCUCUGUCCUGGUGCAGAGCCCUGAGAACAAAGUGCAGCUCCAAGGUAGGACUGGGCUCGUGGGGAUGUGGGGGAGGACAAGUGCUACCAUGGGAUGCUUGUGGGUGCACAGGGGGUUGCAGGGGAGGAUGCUGGCAUGAGAUGCUGCUUCUAAUUUCAGGGCUGGGGAGGAGAGGGGAUGAAAAUAAUGAAAGCUGGGCAGGAUGAGGUUGUUGCUCGUCUGCCAAGAGGAGCCGAGAUCGAUGCAGAGCCCAGACAAGCGGCUCCACAGUAAUUGAUAUGAUAAUCGUGCGA